UAUAAUACGCCAGCAUUCGUCAGAUAUGUCUAUACAUACGAUACAUACGUAGGUGUGAUUAUCGUGGAUUGCCAAAAAAUGGUAUUAUAUUAUACAGGGACAUAAAUUUACGGAGAUUGACGGGCAAGAACCGAGACGUGACGACAAACUAUGACGAGCAUCAUGGCCGAUAUUGAUACUGAACCAAUGUCACGGCUGCUUAAAAUUGCCAACAAGUUUAACUGCUUUUAUUUAUCAGGCUUUCGUGCUGGUGAAUGCAGAGCAUUCAUUGUCGAUGGUCAACAAGUGGGUCUUGUCAGACCUGAUGUAAUGAAAGAACUCUUAAAUUACCCUCAAGUAUUUCAAGUUCAACCUGAUUGUGUACAACUUAAUCCUGCGUUCAGAGGAUAUGCAGAGAGAAGUGCAAGAGUAAAUGAAGUAUUACAAGAAUGGAGAGCUGGUGAAAAAUUUAUUACUUUAAGAGGCUGGAGAGAAGAAUAUUAUGAUGUUCGAGCUCAAUUCAAUACUCCUCCUCUCUUCAAGAUGGAUCGCUCUGCGACUUGUUUAUUUGGAAUUCGAAAAUAUGGUGUAGAUAUCAAUGGAUAUGUGAUGGAUCCCGUAAAAGGUCUGUCUAUUUGGCUACAAAAACGUAGCCCUAGUAAACAAACAUGGCCCGGUUAUUGGGACAAUAUGAUUAGUGGUGGACUAAGCGUUGGUUUUGGGAUUAAUGAGACUGCAAUAAAAGAAGCAGGUGAAGAGGGAAGUAUUCCAUCAAAUUUAUUGACGAAACUUAAAAGCGCUGGUUGUGUUUCACUUUUUUUCGAAAGCGAAAGAGGGUUAUUUCCAAAUACAGAAUUCGUUUAUGAUCUCGAAUUACCAGUAGAUUUUGUACCAAGUAACAGUGAUGGUGAAGUUGAAACAUUUGAAUUAUUACCGGUUAAUGAAUGCUUAGAGAGGAUACUUUCACCUCAUUUUAAAACAACUUCCAUUCCUGUCGCCCUUGAUUUUUUAAUUAGACACGGAUAUAUAACGCCGGAAAAUGAGCCAAAUUUUAUAAAAAUUGUGGAAUUACUUCAUGUACCCCUUCAAACUAUGUAUAGCUUUGUACAGCAACAAACAAAGUACAAGAUAGCAACCAACGGCGAGUCAAAUGAAAUUUUACAAUGAGUUUUGGCUUAUAAAUUAAACAAUUAGCCAUUGAUUUCAUAUAUUAACACGCUAUUAACUGUAUGAAAAUAAGCUGCUCUUUUCUUUAAUCCAUGUGCAACAUUUAAUCAGCACGAACAAAAAGUGAAAUUUAUAUAAAUAAUUUAAUUUUUUAUUUUUAUUGCGUUACCGAUUUACAUGAAUUAUUCGAUUUAAUAUUUAUUCAUUGUCUUCUAAGUUACAAACAAAAUUAUUUGUUACUUCUUUUUAAACGUCAACUUAUUUCUUUCAUUUCGUUUUUAAGAUUAAAUUAUUUUUUAAUUUUUCAUCUGUAAUACGAUACACUGUAAUUGUAAUUAUUUUAUUAAUUAAAUGAGAAUAAAUUUUUUCAAAUAGAAA